AACCUUCGGACUCCCCUUCACUCCCACACAAAACCCUAAUUUCAUUCUUUCACACUCUCUCUCUCUCCUAUCCUUACACAACUUCAUCUUCCUCUUUCUCUUUCUCUCUCCUCCUUCAACUCGACAACAAUGGCGGCACCCUACGACUACGACGACCGCACCUUACCCCCACCCUCCUCUGCCGACAAUGGCGGCUACGACCCAACCUUCGUCCCUGACUCCGUCAAAUCCUUCGUCGUCCACCUCUACCGUCACAUCCGCGAGAAAAACGUCUACGAAAUCCACCAGAUGUACGAAAACUCCUUCCACACUUUAAGCGAUCGCAUGUUUAAGGACACUCCUUGGCCUUCUGUCGACGCCAUCGCUCCUUUCGUCGACAACGAUCAUGUCUUCUGCUUGCUUUAUCGCGAGAUGUGGUUCCGUCAUCUUUACGCUAGACUUCAACCUACUUUGAAACAAAGGAUUGAUAGUUGGGAUAAUUAUUGUAGUCUUUUUCAGGUUGUUCUUCAUGGUGUUGUUAAUAUGCAAUUGCCUAAUCAGUGGUUGUGGGAUAUGGUUGAUGAGUUUGUCUACCAGUUUCAGAGUUUUUGUCAGUAUAGGGCUAAGAUGAAGUCUAAGACUGAGCAGGAGAUUGCAUUGCUUCGACAGUUUGAUCAGGCUUGGAGUGUAUAUGGUGUUCUUAACUACCUGCAAGCACUUGUUGACAAGUCCAUGAUCAUUGAUAUUUUGGAGCGAGAGAAAGAGGGCCUCGAACAAUUCACUGCAGAUGAUGGAUAUGAUUAUAAUGGUGGAAGUAAUGUUUUGCGGGUGUUGGGGUACUUCAGCAUGGUUGGCUUGCUUCGAGUUCACUGUCUGUUGGGGGAUUACCACACUGGAUUGAAGUGCUUAUCUCCGAUUGACAUUAGUCAGCAUGGUGUUUAUACCACUGUAAUUGGAAGUCACAUCACCACUAUUUAUCACUAUGGUUUUGCAAAUCUUAUGUUACGGAGAUAUGUUGUGGCAAUUCGUGAAUUUAAUAAAAUUCUGCUGUAUAUUUACAAGACUAAACAAUAUCAUCAGAAAUCUCCACAAUAUGAGCAGAUACUGAAGAAAAAUGAGCAAAUGUAUGCUUUGCUAGCAAUUUGUCUCUCUCUUUGCCCCCAGACAAAGCUUGUUGAGGAAACCGUAAACUCUCAGCUCAGGGAGAAGUAUGGUGAGAAGAUGAGUAGGAUGCAGAGGUACGACGAUGAGGCGUUUGCUCUGUAUGACGAGCUUUUCUCAUAUGCGUGUCCCAAAUUCAUAACUCCUUCCGCUCCAAACUAUGAUGAACCGCUUAUCAACUACAAUCAGGAUGCUUACAGACUUCAAUUGAAGCUUUUCCUUUAUGAAGUGAAGCAGCAACAAUUACUUGCCGGUGUUCGCACUUUUUUGAAGGUGUACUCUACCAUCUCUCUCGGAAAACUUGCUACAUACAUGGAAGUGGAUGAGGUUACUUUGAGGACAAUCUUGAUGACAUACAAGCACAAGACACAUUCCGUUGAUGCUGAGGGCAAGAUUAUCUCCAAUGCCGAUAUUGAUUUCUACAUUGAUGAUGAUAUGGUUCACAUUGUUGAAUCUAAGGCACCCAAGCGAUAUGGUGAUUACUUCAUGCGUCAAAUUGCCAAGCUCGAAGGCGUGAUGAACGAUAUGGACAGGAUAAAGAUUAUCUGAAUCACAGUGUUGUUUCAUUUGUAGGAUGUGCUACAUGGGCUUUCCUCAGAUUUAUCUUUUAUGCUAUUGUGUUGCUACCAAUUGUACUAGUUUCUUUUGAUGUAUUCUCCUUUCCUCCCUUCCCCAGUAACGGAAUCUAGUUAGAUGGAAAAAUGGAUUUUUUUAGAUGGAAUCCGAUUUUUCGAAGUACAAGGAGAAAAGGAAUACUGAGCUCAAGCAAUUUUGGUUUAUGUGGUGUAUGGCUUACAUCCUUGCUAUUCAUUUGAAAUUGUAUAUUUAUGAGAACAAUUAGAUCUAACAUCUACAUUACCUUCUUUCCAA